ACUUGACUUUCUUAUAUAUUUCACAGAUUUGACAUUUUGAUCCUCAGAAAUGGAUUCACCAUCUUCUACUUCCGAGCCAUUGCUAAUGAAAGACGAAGAGCCAAGAAACUGGGCGGAUCUUCCGACGGAUUUGAUGUGUUCGAUUCUGCUACAUCUUCGCGUGACUGAGAUACUGGACAACGCUCAGAAAGUGUGUAGAUCGUGGCGACAUGUUUGUAAAGACCCAUCAAUGUGGCGUAAAAUCGACAUGGGAAACGUGAGUCACUUCAAGCCAAUGGUGAACGAUGUUGAGGCCAUAUGUCGUCAUGCCGUUGACCGUAGCCAGGGUGGCUUGCUUGAGAUCAACUUUGGAGACUUCGGGAGUGAUUCUCUCCUUACCUACAUCGCCGAGAGGUCAAGUAAUCUUAAAAGCCUUAGGCUCGCAAUGUGCUCUGAAAUAACAGAGGAGGGAUUUGUUCAAGCAGUUGUGAAACUUCCGAUGCUUGAAGAGCUUGAGGUAUCAGGAAUUUUAUUGUCAGGAGAGUCUUUGAAACUUGCAGGGCUGUCUUGUCCAAAUCUGAAGUCAUUGAAGCUAAACCACCUCUUUUACUUAAGUUCUACUGAUGAUGUUAAUGCCAUAGCAAUUGCAGAAAGCAUGCCUAAACUACGCCAUCUCCAGCUUUGUGGGGAAACACUAACCAAAACAGGCUUAAACGCCAUUCUUGACAGUUGUCCGCACAUGGAACACCUCGAUUUGCGCCAAUGUUUCAACCUUAACCUUGUCGGGAAUCUAGAGAAGCGUUUUAAAGAUUUGAGACUCUCCAAUGAUUCAACCUCUGAUGACCCGUUUGGUUAUGCAACUAUCAUUUUUCAUUUGCCACACCAAUUGACAGUACUGAAAGAAGGCGACGACUAGAACUCUGAUGAGCUAACAACUGAAGGCAGCGACUAUAACUUUGAUCCAAUAUUGGAAGAAGCCGACUAUGAUUUGUAUAUUGAGACUUAUGUGAAUAAUGCUUAGCCAGAUUG